AUGGCAAUUUAACUUACUUAAAGCCACCAUUAUAAUCAUGAGAUAAAAGAGAAUGAUAACUCUCUAUAACAUGCAUUAAAGUCUUAAGAUAGUGAUACUAGCAGUGACUUAGAAUAUAACUCAGAUUAUGUACCUGAUGGAAGUUACAAAAAAUUUGAAUGGAUUAAAGUAUCGUUUCGAGGUAUCGUGAAAAGAAUAUACAAUCCUAAAUUAGAAAACUAUGAAGAGUUUGCUGAUGAAUUAAGAAAAAGAUUCCCAUAGGUUGGAAAUAACACAAUAGAUCUUUAUUAUAUGGUUAAAAUAUAGGAUAAGGAGAGAACAGAGAUGAUUCCCAUCUUAAAGGAUUAAGAUCUUUGGAGACAAAUAAAUGAUCUCAGAUAAAAUGAUUAAGAACGAGUGAUAAAGCUUUAAAUCGAUGCAUACAAAAGUAAUAAAAUGAAAAUAAACAGAAUUCAAGAGGAUGCAUAACUUUAUGUUUAAAAGAGGCAUAAUAAUGAAAAGUUUGAUAGACAGAGAAGUUUCUUUGAAUAAGUUUAAGAAGAGUUAAUUAAGAGAUAAUCCUCACAUUUUUAGGAAGAAGAAAAAUCAUUAUACUCAUAACACGAAUAAUUAAUUGAUAAUCCAAACAACAGAAAUAUUUUCUUUGCUUAAACCUCUGACAAUGAUGAAUAAGGCCAAGUUCAGCAUUUAUAUCUUGAAUAAGAAGAAGAAAAAGCUAUUGAAGUUGAUGAUUCAAACAAUUUGAAACUCGAUUUCUCUCGCCUAGUAAUUGAUAAAUCCAUGGCCAAUUCUCCCAAAAGCAAUUAAAAUGAAGGAGAAGGAGGUAGAGUUUAAGUUAAUUAAAUGGAAUUUGAAGAGCUCAAUUUGAGAUUAGAAUCUGAAAAAGAUCUAGAAGAAGAGGAAAUAAAUGUAGUUAUGAAGAUAAAUAAUAAUUAAAAUAAAGGAAAUAAUAAACCAAAACCUAAAGAAAAUCCUUUUGAAGAAGCAAAGCAUAAAGUCCUUUAAUAUCAUUAUGAAAAUAAAGACAAUGAAAGUGAUGAGAUUAUAAGAAAACUAUAGGAAGAAGAUAGACUCAAUAGAGAAAAGGAUUAAAAGAUGAAUAAGAUAAAUCAAUCUGCUCUGAAUAAAUCCUCACUUUUAAAUAGAAAUUCAGAAGUAAAGGUUCUAGCUUAAGUUUUUUUAGAACCUCAGUAUGUUAUCAGAAAAAUCUAAGACUUUGGUUAGAAAAAGCAAACACCUUCUAAAUUUGGUUUUUUGAAGAAUAUAUUCAUGUUCAAAAGAAGAAAUGAAGAUCCACAAUAAAACUUGAAAAAAUGUACAAUUAUUAAUGACAGAGAUUGCUAUAAAAGAUGUAGUCCCAAUGAGCACAUAGAACUAUCUUGGGAGUUUGAAAACGAAACUGAUUAACAGUGGCCUUCAAUAUACUAUUUAAGAAGUUAUCAGAAAGAUUAAGCCAUAAUUAAGACAAAGGGUUUGGAAUUUUUAGUAUAAAAGCAUGAAAAGUAUGAGCUAAAAAUGAACAUUAACAUACCUGCAGGUGUCAUGCAUAACAAAAUUAUCCUUCAAUUCAGAUUUGAGGAUAGCAAUAAGAUACCAUUUGGCUAGUAUUUGAAUGCUAUUAUAGACAUAGCACCUGAUCAUUUUGAGGAUGUCUAUAGAAAUCAAGGAUAGAACCAGGAUAAGGAAGCUAUAUACUACUAGGUUGCAUACGAUCUUAAUGAGUAGGGUUUCGGAGACUUUGAAAGAUGCUACAAAAUAAUCUAGGCAUGCAAGGGUGAUGUGAAAGAAGCUGAAAAAAUUCUGAGCAAAAUUAUGAUAAAAGAAACAAAAUCUUCAGAUUCUGAUUGA